UUUCCACUUGACGUGAAAAAAGUUUGAACGUUUUGGUUCGGACGCGUCUGAAAGCUUAUAGCUACUUUUGCAAAUCUAACGUGAACAUGUGAAGGUUUCGUUGUAGUUUUUCUUGUUCCAACACUACAAUGGCAGUAGUUGGACGGCGACUCGCGGUGAUGUAGCUCUUUAGAUGCUAAAAUGUCCGAUCCAGACGUGCUCCCAGGAUGUGGGAACGAUGUUGCGCUACAUUUCCAGGAGUCUUCACAGAUUUAUCCCGCACUAUUGACCGUGGCCACGGCGUGUGGAGCCCUCUCCGGAGUAUUGGUGGCUUUUCUGCUGUAUGGCUUCUGCCUGAAGCCGCUGAUUCUGACGAAACAAGGAAACGAUGCUCGCAGGCUGCUGGAACCGGAUGAUGGAGAAGUGGAGAACAACCACAGCGACAGUGCCAGCGAUGGCAAGACGGACACUGCGAGUGCCGCUAACAACGAUGAGGAGAGGCUGAAUCACAUGAACAUGAGUGAUGUGGCAGCUUUUGCAUCGAGAGCGAAGGUGGUUUAUCCCAUCAACCAGAAAUACAGGCCUUUAGCUGACGGAGCGUCCAACCCUUCACUGCACGAGCAGUCCAAGCUGGCAGACAUAGCCAAUGAGGACUCCUACUCUUCUUCUGACAAUGAAUCUCUGAGCCAAGAGCAGGACAACGACGGUAGCAGUCAGUUUCUCUCCUCCUCACUGGUCCCCAAGAGCCUGCAGAACCAAACGUUCCACCAGGUCUCCCACUAUCCUCAUAUUGUAACACAAACAGGUUUCGAAGGAAGGAUCGGUCUCCAUGGUUUGGCCCUGCAGGAUGUGCAAGCGCUUUGUUGUCAACUCCAAGAUGAAACCUUUCAGAUCUUCCUUCAAAGCAUAAAAAUGCUACUCACCAGCCAUUUUCCCAAAGACAAAACAGAUGCUGAAUUUUCCAAGGAGUUUCUUCAAAUGCAACAGAAGAAGGUGGAUGAGUUCAGGAAACAAAUGGCAACACAUCGGCGUGAAAGUGACGACGCCAUCUGCUCGUUGGAGGAAGUGGAAAGAGCCCAAAAAUAUUUUCUUGAAUCUGGCCUUGAAGUGUCCAAAAGCUUCAGUAAACACCUAGAGGAACUGAGCCAACGUCUUUUGAAGAGGGCCAACAUGAGUGCAGGUGAAGCAGAGCAGGCCACAAUCUCCAUCACCAAGACUCUUCUGUCCGCGGGAAACCAUCUUUUAAAGAUGCUAGAAUCAGACUUAACGAGGAUUCGUGAGCGAGUGCUGUGGUGGGAGGAGCUGACAUUGCUGCUUCAGUCCCAGCCUGCUUUACUCAUCCAAGAAGUGACUCUGAGGCGGAGUCUUCUGGCAACAACGCAGGAGAAACUCAGUAGUGAUGAUGGUUUAAGCUCUCCACUGAUGGAAAAGAUUCUUCAGGAUGUCCAGAGUGCACUGUUAGCUGGAUUACAGCAGUGCCUUGAAGAUUACACCAAGAAAACAAACCAAAUGGUCACAGAAAAGUGCAGGAAACUGGAUGCCAAGAAGAAAAAGCUGCAGAGAAGCCUGGAGAAAGAGAAGAGUCAUAUGCUGGAGUCCGGACAUGACGACCUGCUGCAGCUAACACAGGUUUACCUGGAGCUGCUGGUGAAACACAGACAACAGCUCUCUGAUUUGGACUCGCAGCAGGAUCACAGGAUGGCUGAGACCCUGUGUAACCUCUGGACGAAGCUGCGUAGAACAUGGUCGAAAAGAUUUGAGAACCAAGCCAAAGAUGUCUUCUGCUCCUCCGUGUGCUCACACUCAAGAUUCACAGAGUCGUACUGUCAGAGGCUGUGGUCCGACCUGGAGCUGGAGUUUGCAGCACAGCUUCCGAGAGUAGAGGACGCAGUCAAACUGCAGCUGGAGGAACAGCGAGUUCAGCUGGAUAAAGAUCAACAGGUUUGGAGGGAGGAGAUGGCUCUGGUGCAGGUUUGCCUGAAGCAUCUGAGUGAACAGCAGAUGAAGAUCCUGAGGUCCAUGGUGGUUAGACAGAACUACACCAUCAACAGGGAAGUUGGGGUGCUGGUUGAGAUGAAGCACGAGCAUUUGUUGGUGGCCGUUCAGCGGCACUUCCUGGCCAGACACUUCAGCCUCCACAUGCUGAAGGAAAUGCGACUGUCUCAGCUUAAGGCGCUGUCUCAGUCUGACUUCAGAGUAUUGCUCAGAGAAGGUUCCAGCAUGAGCCGGAGUUGUUUUGACUCAACUUUCAAGAGCAGCAAGGUCAGCCUGGCAGACACGCAUCUCAUCCUUGAGAGUCACUUGGUGGACCAGAACUUCCACCAGGAGUACAUGUCUGAGCUGGAAACAGCUACAGAACAUCUUCAAAGUCAUGCUCAGCUGGUGCUUGGCAACGCCCUCAGUCGUGCCAUUGAACGUUUGAUGCAGAACCCUGCCAUGGAGUCGAACACCAGUCACAAACAGGACACUGAUUUUAAGACACGUCUGACCGAGGCUGCUGCAGAGAGUGUGUAUGUGACCAAAGAUUCUCUCACGACGGUCGUACGAGGCUACUACUCCCGGCUGCAGGACAUUCUUGAAACACAUGAGUCAACCAUUAACCAUGAUUUGAAACUAGGAAUGGAGAGCAGCAGCCAGUCAAGCAAGAUCUUGCUGAGAGAACUGGCCAACUGGGGAAGGAAACCCGGCUCAGCUGAAUUCCAACACAGGGUUGAAACCCUCAGGAGGAAGAUGUUGGAACACUUUGAUCGUGAAGAAGAAGAGAUUUUUGUUGAAUUGGGUCGGAGAAAGAUCGCUGUUGAACAAAAAAUGGAGCAACUUAACAAUCAGCUUCUGGGAGAGGAAGAGGACUUUCUGAGGGAGUUGGCCAGCCUGGCUCGGGUCUCCGUCCAACAUGAGGAGCUGAGUGCUGAUGAGGAGAUCACUGGAGCAGUCAACCCGUCCAUAUUAGAGCUUCUAGCUCUGAACCCAGCACUGGAUCCAGCACUGAAUCCGUCACUCACCCCGACUGUUGUCGUUCCUGUUAAGAAGCCAAGAAAAAAGAAAAAGGAGCGGGAGUCUGAAAUCCGAUGACAGAGCCUAAUAUUCUGCAUUCUUACAUUCGUCUCACCAACAUUUCCUCAUAAAAAAAGCUCACUUGCUUAGUCUGUGAAGUUAAUUCUCUUUUAUGUGAGUUAGAUUUGCAUCCAUAUUGCAAAAAGCUUCUAAAACGGUUCCUGCACUAGGUGCUUGUUUUGAUAAAUGUGCAAGGUCAGUGCUUGAAAAAACAGUUUCUCAUCGCUGUGUGUGCUGUUAUCCUUAUGGUUUAUGUAGUUUAUUUCAUUUUUUAUUAUUAUCGUUGUUAUUAUUAUUCUUACAAAACCCUGACUUUCUGUAGGGUAGUUGCUUUUUUUCUUGUUAUGCAGGGAUUUAAACCAACUGUUGAAAGUUCCCAUGUAAUAUCUGGAUCUUUAAAAUUGAUGUUACGUCCCAGUUGAAUAUUGUAAAUAUGUUCAGGAGAAGUUCCUCAUUUCUCUGUGCCCCAUUGUUUUAUCUCUUCAGAAGACAUGGUAAUCUCUUGCCACGUUUCCUCUCCUGUGAUUUUUGAAUAUAAGGUGGAGGCUACUUGAGUCCAGUUGUAGAUGUGAGUGGAAUAGAUGUUAGUUACCAUUGAGGGAAACAGCUGUUUGAAGCUGUGCUGUCACUGCACGUCUGUCGUCUGAUCUACAUGGAGAUCCUUUCUCUGCACCUGGGGUGAAUAUUCAUUCUGAGGGAAAUCACACCUCACAGAGUGAUUCCAAAGUGCAGAAAGAAAAUCCCUUAACCAUCACAAAUGUGGGUCAAUUGGAAGCUAAAAUAUGAUUUAACAUUCAAAUCACAGCUUGAUACAGAUAAAUGGCGGGAUUAGAAUUGAAGCUAUCAGUUGGAACUUAAAAUAAAUUUGAAUUGAAUCGAUCCAAAUACAAAAAAAAUCCUGAUCCUUAUGGAAUUUUUAUUUGGGGGAGGAG